AUGUCGUGUGACCUAACCAUCCACCACCUUCGGCUGUCUCAAUCGGAGAGAAUCAUCUGGCUCUGCGAAGAGCUGGGGAUUCCGUACAAUCUCAAGUGCUAUGACCGGCAACCCGCAACGCUGCAAGCGCCGGACGAGUACCGUAACCUUCACUGGUCUGGAACAUCACCGAUCAUCCAAGAUGGCAAGGUGACACUGGGUGAGACCAAUGCUAUUUUCGAGUAUAUCUUGGCCAAGUAUGCCAAUGGACAGCUCGUUCUCCCAGUGGAACACCCACAAUACGCGGACUACGUCUUUUGGCUUCAUCGGGCCAACGGGACUAUGCAGCCUGGCCUGAUUGCCAUGAUGUUCGAUCGUUUGCGCAGCGAUACGGACGGCGACUUUGGUCACAAGGUCGUACCAACCAGACUGCAGAGCAACUUUCAGGCAAUGGAGGCCCAGCUCGGAAAGUUUCCCUUCCUGGCGGGUGAUGAAUUCACCGCAGCAGAUUGCAUUUCGGUCUUUUCGCUGACCACGCUCCGCAUGUUCAUCCCAUUCAGCCUGGAACAGUAUCCCAGUAUUGUGCGCUAUCUUGAGCGAAUUGGACAGCGUGAUGCCUAUAAGCGCGCCAUGAAGAGAGGAGACCCUGACUUGGAGCCUGCUCUUUCUGCUGCGGCCCCUAAGGACCCCUUGUGGUGA